AUGGCGUGGGGGCGGGUAACUGAAAACCCCUUUUUCCUUUGUCUUAUUAGGAAAAAUAUUAUCACUUAUACAUUCAUCCACUUUUCCCUCACCGUCAACACUCGACCUCCUCCACACUUCAUUCGCUGUCGUCUCUUUCUGUCAAAAUAUACAUACAUAUCUAUCUAUCUAUCUAUCUAUCUAUCUAUCUAUCUAUCUAUCCCUGUAUGUUUACAUCUAAAUCUGUACAUUAUCUAUCUAUCUAUCUAUCUAUCUAUCUAUCUAUCUAUCUAUCCCUGUAUGUUUACAUCUAAAUCUAUCUAUCUAUCUAUCUAUCUAUCUAUCUAUCUAUCUAUCUAUCUAUCUAUCUAUCCCUGUAUUCUGUACAUAUCUAUCUAUCUAUCUAUCUAUCUAUCUAUCUAUCUAUGUAUGUUUACAUCUAAAUCUAUCUAUCUAUCUAUCUAUCUAUCUAUCUAUCUAUCUAUCUAUCUAUCUAUCAUCUAUCUAUGUUUACAUUUAUAUCUGUACAUAUCUAUCUAUCUAUCUAUCUAA